CCUCCCACCAGUGUGCGUUUCACUAUGGCGAAGGGAUAAACAAAUAGAGCCCAAUGGGUGGGAAAGCAGCAGUAACGGUGAAUACAUCUCCCCGUUAGUGACUAACAGCAGUUCGAAACAGUCCGGUGACUCGUGUUGGAUUUUGACAGGGUGUGUUCUCGGGACACGGAUGCUGUCAGUGCGAAUAGCAAUGAAAAGAGCGAAAAUAGUUUGCUUGUCUACACUGAACACCUCGUUUGUAGCAGCCGGUGAUACAGGCUAACCGUUACCGGACUCCGGACCCUUUCUUCAGUUUCUGACUGUUUCUCUCAACAAAAAUGGAGAGAGGACAACACUAACACAGCGACCGUUUAUAUACAUAAAAAAAAAAAUUAAGUCAGCUUUAUUUCGCUCAUAUUCUUUUCUAUUUAAGUCGAGUCGACCAGUCGUCAAAAAUGUUGACAGGAUCUAAAACCACGUUCAAAGUGAGACAAAUGCUCCCAGAUAUCAAGGAGAGGAUGCUGAGUCAGAGUGGGGUGAACGCAAGGAGUCGAGAUGUGUUUGGGCUGCGCUGCCUACCAGGCGAGUGUGUACUUCAGCGAGCCGUUAUGGUGAGGAAGAAGUUGACUGCCAGGGAAGGAAGAGGUUGGGUGUCUGGGACCCUUUUCUGUACCCACUUCAGAGUGGCCUUUGUUCCGCAGGACAGUCCCAAAGCUGACGACAAUGCAGACCCAGUGCUUUUGGGAGAUCAUGAUGUGGCUUUGGCGUCCAUAGAGAAGGUUGUGGUUGUUGGCCCAAACAGGACCAAGCUGGUGACCCCGAACUCCUCGCUGAAGUUCACACCAGAGGAGCUGGUGCUUUAUUGUAGGGAUCUGCGAGUCGUCUGCUUCCUGUUUGACCGACUCACUCCUGACGCACAAGUCAUAGAGAUAACCUACACCAUCGCCAAGACCUAUCAGCCUCCUAAACCCGGGUCAGUUUUAUCUUUCCAGAACGCUGCCCUUGGGAGUGUAGAAAUGAAACAGUUUCUAAGCAACCGUCGCCGAAACACCGACAUGAACUGGUUUGAGUCUGCCUCAGACUGGGAGCAGGAGCUUGAAAGAUGCGGGGCCACUGGCUGGAGAGUCAGCUUGGUCAACGAUCGCUUUGAGAUGUCUACCAGCCUGCCGAGGUCCAUCGUGGUUCCACAGAAGGUUUUAGACACUGAGCUGAAGAAAAGCUUUGCCCACUUCAAUGAGGGACGCAUCCCACGCUGGUGUUGGCGACACCCUCGAGGCAGUGAUCUAAUGCGAAUGUCCAGCUUCCAGAACAACAUCUACCACGAGAAAGACGACAUCAGAAACCUGGAGAUGAUCCUGUUUGGUUGCCAGUCCUCUCUGUGUGUGGUGGUGGAGCUGGGCGAGGAGCUUCCCUCACCUGCAGAUAUCCAGCUGGCACACAGCCGCCUGCGCGCCCUCUGUCUGGGAGAUCUCUCCACAUCAGUGUCUGUGCCUGAUGACAAAUGGUUAUCUACCCUGGAAAGCACCCACUGGCUAGAUUACAUCAGGUCCUGUCUGAGGAAAGCUUCAGAGGUAGCCUGCCUGCUUCGCGGCGGUCACCUGACUGUAGCACUGCAAGAGGCGGAUGACCGGGAUAUGGCCUGUGUGGUGUCCAGCCUGGUGCAGGUGAUGUGUGACCCCCACUGCCGCACCCAGCAAGGUUUCCAGAGCCUGGUGCAGAAGGAGUGGGUGAUCGCCGGCCACCGCUUCUACAGCCGCAUGAACUACCACCGCGACAACGACAAGGAGGAGGCUCCAGUCUUCCUGCUCUUUCUGGACUGUGUUUGGCAGCUCUUGUCCCAGUAUCCCUCUCGCUUCCAGCUGACAGAUGACUUCCUGUUGGCCUUGCAUGACAGCAUCCACCUGCCACUCUUCUCCAGCUUCUUGGCCAACUGCCAGCGAGAGAGAUGCAAACGCUCCCAGAACAUCGGGCAGUCCUACACACCAGUCAAUGGCUGGAGAGACGUGCUUCAUCCGGAUUCUUCAUCAGAUCUCUCUGACCCUCCUCUACCCUCGGUGUGGGACUGGUCGCUGCAGUACAGCAAGCAUAGACGAGACCGCUUCACCCAACCCGUCCCCCCAACCCAUCCUCUCCAACCGCUGCUCAAUGGAAACCUCAACACCAACCCAGACACACACAGGCUGACUGACACCAUCCCAGGCUCAGUCUUCCUCCUGUCUCGAGGCACCUUUUCCUGUCCUGCCAACCUGCUUCCCUGGCGCAGCGGUAGUUCAGGCGUUUACAAGAAGAGCCAUCGAAGAGCUCCAUCCUCAGAGAACGUGCCUGGCCUGGAGAGGCUGCUGAAAGCGUGGGCCCUGGCUGAGUUUCCCCAAGGCCUCACUUCCAUCUCCGGACCUCAAGGACCUCUUGACCCCUUUGAGCCCUUACUCCCUCUCCUCGUGGGGCCCUGUAUGGGCCUAUGGAGGGAGUGCUACCUACGGGGGGCGCUCCAUGCACAGGCGUUCUCCCACCCGAUCUCCGCAAACCACCCCCACCCGGUGGAGCGGCUGGCUCGGGAGGUGCAGCAGCUCAAAGACAAGCUAGCGCAAGUGUCCACCAGCCCGGGUCUAAAGCCACCCAGCAUGAUGGCCGAGCCCCGGCGGACCGACACCAACCUGAACCAGAACACCAACAAUGGCACCUUCCUCUUCCCAGCGUCAAGGCCUCAGAGUGUUGCGAUGUCCAGAGCAGCGCCCCCUCCUACCUCCACCAACCACCAGACCUCCAAGGGCGCUACCUCUGCUCCACCAUCCAGGCCCAGCCACAAAGACAGCAACAAACACACCUUCCUGUUUGGCCACUCUUCAGUAGCAGAGGCCCGCCCCGACCAGCGCUGUUACCCAGCACCUAAUAACGCCAAGCUGCCGAAGAGCAACGGGUCCUCGAUAUCUUCCUGAGGUCUGGUCCUUGUCUUUACUCUUCUCAUAUAUGAUCUACGACCGGGUACUAUAACCACAUCAUUUGUCAGCACAAUAUGAAACUGAUGUCUUCCUCACUGGUAUCAUGUACAAAGGGAGACCAAGACACAUGUUUCAUGUCAAACCGCGUUUGAUAGAAAAACCUUUUUUGACAGGUGUUAACAAAAAAAAGAAAAAGAAAAACAUUUUGGUGGAACACAGUAAAUGGCAACAGUAUGAAAUAAUCAGGGCAAGAGCUCUUGACUCUGCUACUUAUCGUCUGUACUGUAUUGGAAAAUGUGACAACUGUUCUGUUUAUUGUAAAAAACUAAACAAAAAGUAUUCAAUAUUUCACCAAUGAAAUAUAUCUAAGACAAGGACAAGGUGAAGAAGAUGCUUAACGAUGUAUAACAAUAGUAUCUUAUAUUGUAUUUUGCAGUAUCCCAAAAUGCAGUAGAAACUGUCACGGUAUGUCACCCUUCAAGAAAGACAGAAACCUUGUUGUUUCCAUUUUUAGCUUCUUAUCCAAAAUGGGUCUAGAUAAUAGGGUGACAAGGCGGUUCUUAAGGGCCCUUUGACACAUCGCAGUGAAUGGACACAUUUGGUUUUCAUUGGAUCUCACUUGUCUGACUACGUCUCCAGAAGAUGUUUUUUUUUUAACAAUUAGCUAUUUUACUUUUACUUUAAUAUUACAUGCUAAUGUGCAAAACGACACAUUAAUUUCUUAGUUUUUGUAUCGCAGCUUAAAAUAGAAUUUAGAACAAUUUUUUUUUAAACCAUACUUUUUGCAGGCGCUGUGACUAAUACGGAAUUUAGGGCAUGAAGCUAUUUUGGUACUGCUCUAAUCAUAUCUCUCCACUUGCAUGCAUGCUCGGGAGAGGCCUAUAUUCAGAGUGUUAUGUGGCUUAAGUCACUGCAUAUUAUUGCAGUAAAAUUCAGCUCCUGCAUGAUUUCAGGGCUUUAGUUAUAAAAUAUUACCUAAACUUUUAUCUUUAUUUUCAAAUAUUUUUGAAUAUUAUCAGUCAUUUUUUGGAUGUCAUACAUGCAGAUAAGUGUAAUUUAUUAAUUGUUUCUGACCAAAGUUAGUAUUAUUUAGAUAAUUUCUCUCUCAUUUUGUGGGGUGAUUCAAAAACAAAUUAUUCUGCCUAGUACUGGAAGAAAAAAGCUGGUACCUUUUUUUUUUUUUAAUAAAAGGUACCAGUGUUGGAGCUUUUUACUUCUUUUUUUCCCUGCUUGGAGGUGUAUUAAUAUGCAGCCAGCAUCAAGGACUUGGAAGUGUCUGACUGUAUUUAAACCAGAGAGGAAAGUAUCUGGUCCUGCGCCUUUAAAUCCAAACAGGUUGUUGUUCGCAUGAUGUGGAUGUCAAGUAGAUGCAUUGGCGUCACUGCCACUGACGGAUAAAAUUGUUACGUAUUUGUAAAUGUAUGUUUUUCUAAAUUUCAUUUUAGGCAGGAGAACAGUUAGAUGUAUGACCGAUGCCGACCUUCCCUCAUGGCAAAAGGUACCUCAUAUGAUGGCACUAUGAAUUAUGAAAUUGUUGUAAAUAUUCAAUCAAUAGAAAUACACUACCAAGAGCUACAAUUUCAGAGCUUUCCAGGUGUGAUGCGAAUGCAUUUCGCUUGCCUUCCAUGGAAAAAAACAAAAGGUCAUCUUUGUCCUGUCACAUGGAAAAUCCAAUUUGAUCUAUUGCUGCAGCUGUUUGUCUGUAUCGUUGUAUAAUUUAAUGUUUUUGGUACGGACAUCACUUAAAUUUGCCAGAUGUACAUAUUUUUUGUAACCGCAUGUCUGGAUCCUGAUAAAUAAAGUGUUAUCAGUUCAUAAACUUAACUGUGUUCAUUAUCUGUGCCUAAAAAAUAAGUCAAUUCUCAUA